AUGGAAAUUCAAAAGCCCACUGGCUCUGUGGUCAUCAUUGGAGCUGGCACUCAGGGGAGAAGACUGGCGUACAUGUGGUCUAGCAAAGGUGGCACUGUGUGUUUGGUAGAUCUGCAGGAACAGCAGCUACAAGACGGUCUGCAAUACGUUGAGAAAUUGCGCGCAGAAACAAAUGAUGCUAAGGAAUGGGGGAAAAUCGAGACUUCACAUCCCUCAUCGCUAGACACCCUGUUGAGAAACGCGUGGUUUGUUGUCGAGUGUGUUCCCGAGAAUUUGCAGUUGAAGCGAAAAGUCAUAACCCAGCUUGAUGAGUUGGCUCCCGAAAGUACAAUCAUCGCAUCAAACUCAAGCAGCUAUGGGAUCUUUGAGAUCCUUGAAGGAUUGAGCUUGAAAAACAGCAAAAGAGUGAUGAGUGCGCACUGCUAUUGGCCACCAGAGACAUCUGCCAUCGAAAUCAUGGGUCAUAAAGAAAGCGACCCAACCCUCAUCGAUCUUGUCCUGACCCAAUGCAAGGAGCACGGAUUCUCGCCUUUCCACAUCAAGCAGAGCUCCAUUGGCUACAUAUACAACAGGAUUUGGGCCGCGAUUAAACGGGAAACACUACUUACUCUAUCGGAGGGCGUAGCCACUCCCAGGGAAAUCGAUGCAAUCUUCAAAGAUGUGCUAAAGACACCCAAGGGUCCAUGUGAACAGAUGGACGUCGUUGGAUUGGACGUUGUCUUGGAUAUUGAGAAUCAUUAUGCAGAAUCUCGAGAUGGAAUUCCGGCGGAACCAAGGGAAUACCUUCGCGAAAUGAUCCAAGGUGGAAGUCUAGGGGUUAAGAAUGGCCGGGGAUUUUAUGACUAUGAGCGUUCGGAUUGA